AUGGCGUCGAUGAGGUCCAUGCGACUCCACCUUGGGCUCUGGCUGCUGGCCGUGGCGGCGCGGUGCGAGAGCAACCACAGCGUCAUCGUCGUCGCCGGCUUCAGCCACACGGGCACGCACCUCGUGUCUCACGCUCUGGAGGCGCUGGGCCUGGGGUCCCAGGUGCGCGCGUCGCACGCGCCGACCAUGGACUGGGCGCAGUUCGAGACCGUCGACGCCGCGCGGAGCGCGCGCCCCGUGUCCUGCGCGUCGUCGCUCGUCAUCUACCCGGGCUUCGAGGCGCUCUUCGACGACGUCGUGGCCAUCCUGGACCACGACUGGCGCUUCGGCGGCGAGCUCCGCGAGUUCCUGCCGGAGGUCUUCAUCGUGGACCGGUUCCUCCGGCACCCGUGCCGCGCGCCGUUCGCGCCCGGGGCGCCCGGCGAGGCGGCGCGGAGCCGCGGCGCCAUCGACGGGCCGCCGCGGCUCUACUUCGUGCCCGUGCCCUGGCGCGCGCUGAGCAUCCUCGCCGUCGGCCCGGGCAUCGGAGACAUGCCGCCCGGCACGGUCCGCGAGUCGCUCUGGGCCCGCGCCGACGCGCUCUUCCGGUCCCAGGUGCUCGCCCACGCCUACUUUGACGCGGACCGGGACCAGCACGUCGUGCUCCACACGUCGACGUCCGCGCCCGUCACGGUCUGGCGCGACCACGCGCCGCUCAUGGUCGACCGGCGCGUGCUCCUGCCGCACCUCGAGGGCUUCCUCGGCGACAUGCGCAAGGGCGUCGUCGACGUGGGCCCGCGCACGGUCGUCGUGCCCUACUUCGUGGAGCCCAACGGCCUCCUCGACGCCGCGCUCGCGGAUGGCGGCCCCGCGCCGCGGUCGCUCGUCUUCCUCCGCGCGUCGGCCCAGAAGGGCGCCAAGGACCGGGCCAUCUUGGCCCCGGCGUUCCGGGACGUCCCGGACGCCGAUGUCGUCGUCGUCGAGCGCCACGAGGACAAGCAGGCGUACGAGGAGACGCUGCGGACGUACGUCGACACGAUGCGCCGCAUGCGCAACGCGACGUUCUGCCUCGUCCCCGCGGGCUACACGAGCUCGAGCCGGCGCUUCUACGAGAGCCUCGCCGCGGGCUGCGUGCCCGUGAUCCUGAGCCGCCACUUCCCGCUGCCCUUCGGGCCGUCGUCGGGCGCGCGGAGACCCGCGCCGUGGGGCGACGCGGUGCUGCGCUACGCGGCGCACAAGGUCGGGGAGCUGCCCGCGUUCCUGCGCGCCCUGAGCGGCGCGCGCGUCGCGGCGAUGCGGCGCGCGGGCGCCGCGGCGCUCGCGCGCGUAUCCUACGGCAACGAGGCCGGCGAGGGCGCGACGGCCGCGCUCUUCGACCAGCUCACGCACCUCGUCGCGCCGACGACGAGCCAGCGGCUCCUGCCCCGGGACUGGCCCGCGGCGGGCUCCUACCUCGCGUCCUGCGACGGCGCGGGCCCCGCGUCCUGCGAAGCGGACAAGCGGACGUGCCUCGGCGCGGGCGGCGGCCGCCUCGCGCUCCUCGCGCCCGGCAAGUUCGGCCGCGCCGUCGACGCCGCGACGACGGUCGUCGAGGACGUCGAGCCGCGCGCGCCGCCGGGCCCGCGCCACGCCAUCGGCGAGAAGGCGACGGCCCUCGCGGGGAGCCCGCGGAGCCUCAUGGGCUUCGCGGCCGCGCUCGCGGAGCUCGACGCCGCGGGCGCGCCCUGGGUCGCCGUCGACGCGUCCGACGCGGGCUGCGACGCGGCGCGGCCGGCGGGGCCCGUCGCCCUCGGCGACCGGCGCCUGCUCCUGCGGCGGGGCCCGGGGUCUUUCGCCGCGUCGCCGCUCGCCGCGGCGUGGGCGGCGCGGUGCCUCCCCGCGGGCCUCGUCGGCGCGGGCUGGCCCGCGGUCGACUUCUCCCUCGUCGUCGGCGCGCCGCGGGCCCUCGAGCGGCUCUUCGCCAAGGCCGCGGUGCUCGCGGGCACCGCGGCCGACGCGGACUGCGGCAAGAAGCCGCCGCGGGACCUCUACCUCGCCGCGGCGGCGGCCGCGCUCAACGCGUCCCACCCCGGCGCCGUCGGCUUUUUGGCCCACGACGAUGGCGGUCAUCCGCUACACCCCCCUGCUUUGGCAGCGACGCUCGCCGCAUCGUCGGCAACGAACGCGACGAACGCGCUCGUCGUCGUCUGCUUCGCCGAUCCGGCCAUCUCGACGAAGCGCCACAGCGUCGCGUCGCACGUGAAGGGCUGCCAGAUCACGGUCGCCUCCUUCCGCCUGGCGAACCCGGCGGAUCUGAUUUAUGUGAUCACGCCGCGCGACGACAUGGUCGACCCCGUGAUUCAGCGCAUCGCGGCGAAGGACGCCAGCUGGCGCAUCGUCGCCGUCGGCGACGGCCCGUUCGCCACUUCUUCGGGAGGAUCCGUGCCGCUCCGGGGGUCGGACGGCCGCUUCUCGGGCAACUGCCUGCGCCACGUCUGGUACGCGUCCGUGCUGCGGUCCAUGCCGGACAGCGUCGAGCACGUCAUGGUCGCCGACGGCUCCGACGUCUUCUUCCAGCGCGACCCGUUCGACCUGUCGCGCCGCUACGGCGCGGCGGAGCUCCUCUUCUUCGGCGACCGCGGCGACAGGUUCCCCGAGGGCGAGCGCUACUUCCGCCAGCGGCUCAACGAGUGCGCCGACGACGCGCGGAAGGCGCCCGCGCUGCUGGACGCAGUGCAGGACGCGUUCGGCGGCGUCUACGCGAACGGCGGCAUCUUCCUCGGCAGCCGACGAGCCGUGCUGAGCCUCGCCGAGGAGGUCGUGCGCUCCGCCGAGGCCUGCGGCUACUGGGAGUCGGACCAGGGGCUCGUCAACUACGCGCGGUACCUCGAGGCGGAGCGGCGGGGCCGCGACAAGGUCGUCUGCUUCCCGGACAUGACCCGCUCCGUGUCCAUGGGCCACUACGCCUGGCCGUCGCGCAACGCGAACGACGAGCUCACGAACGCGCACACGGGCGAGGUCCUCCACAUCGUCCACCAGUACUACACGCGCCAGCACAAGAACAACCUCCAGAUCUACUACGCCAAGGUCGCGCCCUGGCUGAGCGCAGUGGGGUAAGAUGUGC